AUGGAUGCAUCAUGGCGACGCCGCAGCGAAGCGCGUGUAAAGAAAUUCUGUUCUCCAAACAGAGCUGGAAACGCUCUAUGCGCCUGGCACGACACACGACGCGAGCGUCGUGCGUACCCUCCUCGAAUGGCUCCUCCGGGAACGCUGAAUUGCGGAUGCACUCAAGCAGAAGCCCUAUUUGAAGAGAGCCUUUCACGUCACGGUGUUGGGAGCUAUCUACCUGGCGACAAUGUUCGCAUGGACCCUGCACUUCGCAAUCCACUCUUGCGCCUCCUCGAGACGCGGUAUGGCUACCGUGACGGCGAUUUCGAGCGCGAUCCCAUUACUGGCCAGUGGAUGGAGAAUGAGGGACCCGAGCGCUGGGAGGCUGAGCUGCAGCGCAAUGGUGGAAAGGCACACCGUUGA